AUGACCACCAACGCCAUCAACCAGCUGGAUAACGCUCUCCUAUGCCUAGGGCGCAUUGACAUGGAAACUGACUUCGGCUAUGGCUGUCUAGGGACAAAUCGCACGUCCUUCACGCAGCCGCCACCAGGGACGUCCUGGGUGUUCUGGACGCAGGGGAACAGUUUCGCCCCAUCCCUUGCCAACUUGAGCGGAGUAGACGUCCGAUUAUAUCGUCCAUCUAUCGGCUAUAUUCGCAGAGGAUGUUCCACCUUAUCGGUACCGUGCAGCAGAGGUUCAGAAUUACCUUUGGCAGUACAGAAAUCGUCCUAUAGGAGCGGGCAGAGCGCACAACGAUGGGGCAAACAAUCAGCCCAUAUCCUUCUCUAA